AUGGCGUCGUCAAAGAUUGUAAACGGACUGAAGGAAUGUUUAAGAAUAGCGGCUGACUGCAAGAAUUUUCACAGAGUGGUCAGAAAGGUGAGGCUGGUCGAACUCGCACCCGGUCGAUGCAAAUGCGAGUUCACCGUCGAAGAAGAGCACGAAAACCCUCAAGGAGCGUUACAUGGAGGCUUUACUGCCACCAUGGUCGAUGUUACCACUACAGCGGCGUUGCUUGCCACUGAGCGCGGUUUACCCGGCGUCAGCUUGCAGCUGGACGUCUCGUAUGCAACACUUUUCAUGCAUUGGCUCUACUUCGGCCGAUUACGGUUAUGUUAA